AUAUAAAGGAGGUCCAAGUUCCAAGAAAGCAUCAGUCCUUCUCCUUGGUUGAUUCAGCUUCAAUUAUUGUUCCAAAAUGAAGGUUUUUGUUCUUCUUGCUUUGGCAUUUACUUGCCUGGCUGAUUCUGCAGCAGCUAAUCAAGUUUGGUAUGAUACCGAUCCUUAUCAUAACACUCCUGUUUAUAAGAAACCAGAAAAUGAACAUCAAGGUGGUCACCAUCACUCUGAACCCUACGACGAACAUGGAACAUACAACUACAAUUUCAAUGUAAAAGAUGCGCAUUCCAGCGUUGACUACGGCAAGCAAGAAACUAGUAACGGCAAAGGAGCUGUCUCUGGAAGCUAUCACGUCAUGCUUCCGGAUGGUCGUAAGCAAAAAGUUACCUACCAUGCCGACGAGAAUGGUUACGUCGCUGACAUCCAGUACGAAGGAGAGGCCAAAAACGAUGAGACUCCCUAUAGCGUUGGAUCUUAUCCUACUAUUUACGCCAAGAAGGAUGGAAAAAAUGACGAAAAUCCCCAACACAACUAUCCCGUGAAUCAUUAUCCUUCAACUACGACGGAAAAGUACCACGACACUUAUUCUACUACCCCCACAAAGGACCAUCAGAUGUAUCAUCACCAAACUCAUUACGUCAAAGCCAACAUUCCCCACGCCAAGUACCCCGAUAUUUAUUCAACUCCGUACAAUACAGGCCAUGAGACACAUCACACUCCCUACGCCAAGGACAACACGCAUUCCGCAACUCCCUACAAUAAAGGCCAAUACCAUCAUCAAGCUCCUUACGUCAAAGAACAUGGUGCAUCUUCCAUCAAGUAUAAUCCCAAUCCACACCCCAAGUACCCCCACCAUUAUUCUACUUCUUACCCUAAAGCCAGCGAGAAUUACCAAACUCCUUACGUUAAAAGCCACAGCAACCACCCAGUACCCUACACCCAGUACCCCAAGGGUAGCUAUAACCAUGGAACUCUCAAAACUGCAAAGUACCAUGACAUUCAUCCUACCACUUACUCUAACGGGCAACUAUUAAGUUCCCAAGAAAUGCCCAGAAAAUAAUCCAACCCCCUACAAUCUCCACGAAUUGUCGACCGUCUACAAGUUAAUGAAGCUUGUCGUCCCCAAGAUCUUUUAAUUUGAGCUUACAAUGAUUAACAUCAUUUUCUGAAUUACUUAUUUAAUGUAGUAACUUCUGUACCUAGUAAAAUAAAAAAAUUGAAUGAA